CUUCACCAUGGCCAUUGUUUCAUAGAUCGCGCCAGCGGCUAUGAUAAUCAUCGUCAUCUCGAUCACGCCGAGAUGACUCUCUGGGCUAAAAAGAUUGUUCUUGGUCAUGCAACAAUUUACAACCCACCUCACUGCCUCAAUUUCGACCAUGGCCCAGCCAACAAAAAGCCUCGUCACUCGAGGUCGGGAUCAUCACCUGAAACUCCUAGUCCUCCACCGCUUUCGCAACAGUGCCACUUUGAGUCUGCAGCCCAGAUCCCUAACACAACACUGCCGGACUAUCCAAAAAUUGGGGUGUUGCUUGCGCUGAUCGAUGCCGAAAGACCGGAACUGCAAAUUCAGGAACUUGAAAUGUCCCUGCUAGAUGCAGGGGUGGUUUUGUCGAGCCAAGUAAUGCUUUUACUGGAGGAUGUGUUGAGUGUCGUUGGCAAUAUGGGGCAAAAGCAAGCCAGAAUCCUCCGCAAUUUCGCUAAACGGAUUGUUCUGCCGCUCCUUGGACUCCUCAAUUCCUACGAGGAGCCAGAGAUAGAGGAGCCAGAGGCACCUAGCUUA